UAUGUGGCAUCCCAUUAAGAUAUUGGAAAAUUAAAAACCCAUGGCUGCAACACAACUUAAACCAUGUUUGGUACUGCUGUUGACCUUCUCUGUACUUGCUUUUGCUUCAGCCAUAUCCAGAAAUAGAAUCAAAUCCUUGAACCAAAUCAGAGAGGUGAACCGAAAAGGCCCAUACAUUGGCCUCAUCACAGUGAUUGCCACUGAGGAAGAUGCGUUUUUCGCUUCAGGUUCUUUCAAACCUGAUCCCAAGUUCCCUUUCAUCGAUCUCUCAGGAAGAAGAUUUCGGUUUGGAGUGGUUCGUGGGAGAAAAGUCGUGUACGUCCGAUGUGGGGAGGGAAUGACUAAUGCAGUUGCAGCCACACAACAAAUGGCUGACCUAUUUGAUAUAAAAGGGAUUAUCCAUUUCGGCAUUGCUGGCAAUACAAAUAACUCCAUGUCCAUUGGAGAUGUUACCAUCCCAAACCAAAUUGCUCAUACUGGGCUUUGGGAAUGGUUUAACACAAAUGGAACCCUGGAUUCUGCUGAUGUUGCUCAGCUGGAAAUUGGAGACUACAAUGUCCCAAAAGGGAAUGGAACCAAUCUAUUAGGUCAUAUUGGGUACAUGGAAGAGGAAUACUAUUCAGUAGCAGGGGAACCAAACGUUGCUGAAUCACUGCUUUGGGCAAAUAUAAGUCUACAAUGGCUUCAGCUUGCUUCCAAUUUGGAGGGUAUGAAACUAGAGCAGUGUGUGAAUUCAAGCUUGUGCCUAACGGAAAGACCCAAGCUAGUGGUGGGACUAAGGGCUUCAACAUCCAACAUUUUUCUGGAUAAUGCAGCUUACAGGGACUUCCUUUUCCAAAAAUUUGGGGUUUCUUCAGCUGAUAUGGAGAGCGCAGGUGUAGCCAUGACAAGCUUGUCAAAUGGGUAUCCAGUGAUAGUAAUAAGAGGGCUAUCAGAUUUAGCAGGAAACCAAGAAGGAGACAAUGCUGUUAGAAAAUUUGGGGGACUUGCUGCUGUUAACAGUGUUAAAGCUGUUUUAGGCUUUAUUCGUAAUCUACCUUCGAGUACACGUCGAUGGAGUUGAAGUCUUUGCCCGUAACACAAUCUUUCGACUAAACUUGCAUGUUGAUGAGGCUAAAGUGUCAGCCCGUAGCAUUAUCUCUCGACUAAAAUUGCGCGUUAAUGAAGCUAAAGUCUCGGCCCGUAACACCAUGUCUGCUUCAAAAUAAUUAGUGGUGGUAUUAUGUAAUUUCUUAAAAAAUAAAAUAAAAUGUAUUGGGACAUUUUUUUUCGUGUAUUUAUUAUUAUUUAUGAUAAUGACUUGCUAUUAUUUCA